AUGCCAAAGAGAAAAAAGGCCAUUAGUAAUAGGCAACGGCGUGAGCGUGACAAAGCCAGAAAGAGACAGGAGAGAGAGAAGUCAGAGUUUUCUGUUCCUGGCAGGUUGGAGGAUGGAGCUGUCUCAGCUCCUCCCGGUAAUUUUCCGGGGCUUGGUUCCAUGGGGUUUCCACCUAAAGAGGAAAAACCCCUGGCCAGGGUGCAGGCCUCACCUUGUGUGAGAAUGCAUUCACCUGCCCCGAGGUUGCCAUCUCCUCGGGGAAGUCGUCUGUUUGUCCGCAACGAGGACAAGGCACCGUCCCCUGACUCCCCAGCGUGGGUUUGUGCUCCACCGAGAGUACCUGGGCAUGAUGAUGGCUUUAAGCCUAGCCCAGCAGGUCAGGCGCAGCUGGAUACCUCCAGGGCGGAGGAGACCAGUAGGAUAUCAAAAGAUGAGGGCACUUUAACUGAUAUUAAAACUGAGUCUCAACGAAUAUUGAAAGGAAAUUUGAACGAAUGCAAUAUAGAACCUGAAAUGAAAACAAAUAGAAAUGACAAUGAGAACAAUGAGAAACAUACAAUUUCAGAGAAUUGUGGUGAAGAGAAUUUGAAUGAAGGAAAUGAUCCAUGUUGGCAGAAAUCAUGGAAGAGAGGUAACUAUGACAUAUAUUACUCCAUCCAGGGUUCAUUUCAUCAAGCUCACCCUAUAUUUGAAGAGAAUGCUGGGACACAAUGUGUUGCUAAUUGUUUAGCUGGAUUAGCUUAUCACAAACUUAAAAAUGCUACGAUCUGGACAACAAUGGAUAUGGAUAGGAUUUUAAUGACAGGUGAUGAAUUGUAUACAUAUUUGCAAAGGAGUUCGUCAGUCAAUAACAGGUAUUUGCUUGUUGAGGAAUUACCACAACUCUUUGAAUGCUUUAAUCGGUCAUACCAAUUCCAUGCAAAUAAGUCAGUUGCAAGUGUUAUUAUGGCAAACAAUUGCUUAAACUAUGCAGAGUUUAAUGCAUUACCACUAUACGAAGCACUUCAGGUUGCACUUACAGACACUGACGGCUGUUUUGUGUGCUUUGGUGGAAAUACUAUGCUAAUAGGGUCAACAGAAAGGGGCUUUUUUGCUUUUGAUUCCCAUUCUAGAUCUUCUGAUGGAAUGUUAAGUGUGACUGGAAAGAGUACAAGGAUUUUAUUUCAAAAUGUCAAUGAAGUUUAUUCAUAUCUUCAAGGUCUUGCUCUUUCAAUGGGAUAUUCUGAGGGAGUUGAGUGUAAUUUGAGUGGCGUAACCUGCAAAAUGAAUUUUAUUGCUAAUGUCAGUACUUUACUAGAGGAGGAAGAGGAUACAAGUAAUUUGCCUAGAAGUUCAGAGCUUUUGGUGGAAACUACUGUUGAAUCCUGUGAUAGGAAUGAUGAUGUGAUCUUUGUUGGUCAUGAACAAUUACAAUAUAGUUUUAUCCCUCUGACUAAUGAUAUGAAAAAACACAUUUGUCAGGAGUUGAACAUUCCCUUCAUUAGCAGAAGAAAUGCUGUUGAGGUCCAGGGUCAAAGGACUAAUAUCAAAGAACCUAGUUUUCAGAAAGAAACUUUAGGGGAUGGAAACUGCUUUUUUAGAGCUGUUUCAUUCAGUCUUACAAACUCAGAAGAUUUCCACAAUAUAAUGCGCAAAGCUGUCUGUGAACAUAUGAUGAGAAACAAAGAAUUAUUUAAACCAUUCCUAAAAGAUGGUAUACAAUCUGUUGAAAGUCACAUGUCCUCUACUCAAAUGUCACAAGAAGGUACAUGGGCUACUGAGGUGGAAAUAUUUGCAACAGCUCAUUUGCUGAACAUUGAUUUAUACACAUACUCAGGAGGGAGUUGGUUAAGGUUUUCAGUUAAAGAGGUGGAUCCUUGUAGGCAAAGAAGAACUGGUGCAAUUUAUCUGAACCACUACCAACAAAACCAUUACAAUGUAGUUCUUUCUGUAAAUGGAGAGGAAUUAAACAUACAACAAACGGAACAGGAUAAAAUUCCUCAGGAAUAUCAAAAGCGGUACAUAAACCGAAAACGUAUGCAGGAGAGCAGGCAAGCUACAUCAAAAGAACAAAAAAUAUCAAGUGCAUCAGAAAAACGAAGACAGUCUUUGAGGAAAAGGUACCAGGAAGAUGUACAAUUUAGAGAGAAGAAACUGAAAUCGGCCUUUCAAAGGUACUUGAAUGAUGCAGAAUUUCAAGCUAAUGUAAAACUAGUUAGCAAAACAAAGUAUUUUAAUGAUUCUGAGUACCACAAAAAAACUAAAAAGAGAAGUAUUGAAAGGUAUUUAACAAAUGAUGAUCACAGGGAAGAUGUCAAAAAGAGAAGUAUUGACAGGUAUGCAAGAAAUGAUGAUCUUAGGGAAGAUGUGAAAAAGAGAAGUGUUGAAAAAUAUGCACUAGAUAAAGAACAUAGAGAUGGUGUCAAAAAGAGAAGUAUUGAGAGGUAUGCAGUAAAUGAUGAUCACAGGGAAGAUGUGAAAAAGAGAAGUAUUCAGAAAUAUGCAGUAAAUGAUGAUCACAGGGAAGAUGUGAAAAAGAGAAGUAUUCAGAAAUAUGCAGUAAAUGAGGAGCAUAGGGAAGAUGUGAAAAUGAGAAGUAUUCAGAAAUAUAAAAGUAACGUUGAACACAGAGAAGGUGUAAAAGCAAAAAGCAGACAAAAGUACAAAUCAGAUGAAAUGCACAGAAAUCUUGUAAAUACUUCAAGCAAAAAGAGAUACAAAGAAAAUGAAAACUACCGGGAGAGAAAACUUCAUGUUGCAGCUGAGAAUUAUAAAAGUGAUCAAUGUUUCAGAUCGAAACGGAAAGCUUCCAGUAAAAAACAAUACAAUUCCAGUGUGAUAACAAAAAUGCAAAAAAAGACAAAGGUUAAAAGUAGGAGAAUUGCUCAACGAGCUAGACUUGAAAAUCAGGAAGAGGUGGUGAGAGUGUUUAAAGGGAAAGUUAUGCAGGGCAUAGAUUAUUCAUGCUGUUGCUGUGAUCGUCUCUUUUUUCAAAACCAAGUUCAAAGAUGCGAACGAGAAACAUAUGCGAAGAAUGAGGAGGCAGCAAAUAUUGCAGAAAUGUGCAUUCAGGAAAAGUAUUGUCACCAGUGCUCAGAGUCAUGUACGAAGAACUGCGUUAAGUCAAAGUUAUGGAUUUGUUUCACUUGUCACAGGAAAAUCAUGAGGGGUUCUCUUCCAGCAGAAGCAGCAUUUAACAAAAUGGCCCUUGAAGAUAUUCCAAAGGAAUUGAAAGAACUUAACAGCCUUGAGAAACACUUAAUUGCAAUACAUAUACCCUUUAUGAAAGUCAUGGCUCUUCCUCAUGGUGGUCAGAAAAAUAUUCAUGGGCCAGUUGUAUGUGUACCAUCAGAUCUGAAGAAAGUUACAAGUUUGCCAAUGAAACCUGGAGAAGAUCUUCUGCUGAGAGUGAAACUGAAAAGAAAAUUGAAUUAUAAGGGGUACGUCGAAUACCAGUUUGUUGAUCCAACGCACAUAUUCAAUGCAUUAAAUUUUUUGAAACAAAACAAUCAGUGGUAUGAAGACGUAGCUAUAGAUGCAAACUGGAAAGGGAAUUUUAACGAUUCUCCGGAAAUGUCAGAGAGUGAUAAUCUGUUAUCAGAUGAUGAUGAUCAGCAGCAAAUUGCAACAGAUACUUGUUUACAGCCUGUUGAUAUUGCUCAGGAGGUUCUUGAUCAUUACUUUGAUGAAAUUUAUGACAUUGCUCCAGGAGAAGGAAAUAAUCCAGUAAGGAUGUUACAGGAAGAAGGAAAUGAGGCUAAAACAUUUCCAUACUUAUUUCCAAGUGGACGUUUUUCAUGGAAUGACAAUAGAGAAACACGAAUAACACUGUCGAGAUACUUCAACAACCGCCUGAUGAAUACUGACGGAAGAUUUGCUAAAGACAGUAGUUAUAUUUUUUUCAGUCAGUUUUUGUCCGAUUUAAACCAGGUUAUAGAAAAGACACAGAUAUCAAUUAGAAAAUCAGUCAGGAGAAUAGGAAGGGACCAAUUUGUGACAUCAGAUAUGGUACAAAAUCCUGAAGUACUUUCGAAAUUGAUGAAAAAUGACGAGGCUUUGCGAUUCAUGCAGCCCAUACGUGGAACGCCAGCAUAUUGGUCAGCAGCGCAAAAGGAUCUCUUUGCUAUGCUUCGGCAGUUAGGAAUACCAACUUGGUUUUGCUCAUUUUCCGCUGCGGAGCAUAGAUGGAAUGAUGCAGUUGCCACAAUAUUGAGACAACAAUGCGAUAAUAGAGAUCCGUGUUUGAUGGAUUGGUCCGAAAAGAAUGAGGUGUUGAGAAGUAAUCCUGUCACAGUUGCUAGGAUGUUCGAACACAGAUUUCAUGUUUUCCAGACAGAAGUGAUAUUUUCACCAUUGGAACCAAUUGGAAAAGUAUCAGAUUUUUUCCAAAGAGUCGAAUUCCAGCAGAGAGGGUCUCCUCACAUGCACUGUUUAUAUUGGAUAGAGAAUGCCCCAAAACUUGAUGAAGACGGAGAGGAAGCUGUAUGCAAUUUCAUUGACAAAUAUGUCAGUUGUGCAGUGCCUUCUCAGAAUGAAGAUUUGGAACUGAGGGAUAUUGUUCUAGCAGUACAGCAACACAGCAGGAAACACUCGAAGUCUUGCAGAAAGAAGGGCACAGAAUGUAGAUUUAACUUUCCUAGACCACCUUCUGUAUGUACAUUCAUAAAUUCUCCUGUCGAGCAUGAGAGCUUGGAGAAUGCUGCGGAAGCUACUGAUUUAAAACAUGAACGCUCAAUUUCUAAAGAAAUAUUACUGAGAGUUUGGAAUGAGGUGCAAGAUGAAGCAAAUGAAACACGCACUACAGAAGAAAUUUUUGAGCAUCUGGGUUUGACGCAAGAACAGUAUGAGGAUGCACACAAAAGAUUAGCAAAGAAGAGAACAGUUAUUCUAGAAAGAAAUCCAUGCGAGCUCUGGACCAAUCAGUAUAAUCCAUGUCUUUUGAAAUGCUGGGAUGCAAAUAUGGAUAUUCAAUUUGUUUUGGAUCCAUUUAGCUGCAUUGUCUACAUAAUUUCAUACAUUUCAAAGUCUGAGAGGGAAAUGGGAAUGGUGUUGAAACAAACCAAAAUAGAGGCAGAAGAAGGAAAUGAAAGUGCACGAACAACUUUAAAGAAAAUUGGUUCUGCCUACCUAAACCAUAGGGAAGUGAGCGCACAAGAAGCUGUAUAUCGUGUAUGCAACUUGAAGAUGAAAGAAUGUUCGAGAAAAGUAGUGUUUGUACCUGUAGGGGAAAAUCCUACUCGACUGACGAAACCAUUGUCACAGCUGAAAAGAAAACAUAGUCUGGGGGACGAUGAACAUGAUGAGAAUAACGACGAUGAAGAUGACAUUUGGAUGACAAAUAUAGUAGAAAGGUAUGCAAAUCGACCAAAUAAAACUGUGUUUCAGAAUAUGUGUUUGGCUGAGUUUUGCUCAGAAUUCCGGGUACUUGCUAAAUCACAGGUUCCAAAGAGUUUAAACGAAAAUGUUUUUGAACUCCAAAAUAACAAGGGAUUUAUCCAAAGAAGAACACGCACAAAGCCAGCUGUAAUAAGAUACCCUAGAUUCAGUGCAGAAAAAAUGUCAGAAAAGUAUUACCAAAGCCUGCUUCAAUUGUUCUUGCCGUACUGGACAGAGCCUCAAUUAAAACCUCCAGGAUUUGAUCUAUAUGAAACAUUUUAUGAAAAUGGACAUGUGCGAAUCACAGGAAAGAAGAGUGUGCAAUCAGUCAAAUCAAUUGUUGAUACAAACCGAUUGCGUUAUGCUCAAAAUGAAGAACUAAUUGCAGAGGCACAGGAUAUUUUCGAAAACAUCGGAGAACCAGAGGAUGCAUGGGCAAACCUUUGUCCUGAGACAGAACUAAUGAGAGAGGAAUGUUCUUAUGAGAGAAAUAAAAGUUUGGAUCUGAAUGUGACAGAAGACUUGCCAGACAUGCAAACAGAAAUGAAUUGUGAUGUUCUUUUCAAAGUAGAACAGAAUACACAAUCAAAGGAGGAGACAUUACAGAUCCUACAAAAUUUAAACGAGACUCAAACAAAGGUAUUUUACUUAGUUCGGGAAUGGUGUUUGGAAAAACAUUUUGGGGAAAAAACUGACGCCCUGCACAUAUUUAUAACUGGUGGAGCAGGAACAGGCAAAAGCCAUCUAAUCAAAGCCAUACAUUAUGAGGCAUCACGAAUACUUGGAAAGAAUUUGACAUCUCCUGACAGUGUAUCAGUACUACUUGCUGCCUUUACUGGAACAGCUGCUUUCAAUAUUGGGGGAAAUACUAUUCAUCAUUUAUUUUCACUGCCCAAAUAUAUGACUUUGCCAUAUGAACCAUUGAGAGAACAGAGUCUAAGUGAAAUGAGAGUGCAACUUGGAGACCUGCAAAUUCUGGUUAUUGAUGAAAUUUCCAUGGUUUACAAAAGAUUAUUGUACUAUGUUCAUGAAAGACUUGUACAGAUUAAGAAAUGCAGGGAACCAUUUGGAGGAGUUUCUGUGAUAGCUGUUGGAGAUUUCUACCAACUUCCUCCAGUAAAACAACGCAAAGAUGAAAGGCUAUAUAAAGAAAAUGCUGCUUACCCUGUUGAUCAUUGGCUUGACCUUUUCAAAGUGGUGGAGUUAUCUGAAAUUAUGCGGCAACGUGAAGACAUCUCAUUUGCAAUAGCAUUGAAUUCACUUCGAAGUAGAGAAAUAAAAGAACCACUGGAAUAUGAAACAAAUUCUAUCUUGAAAGAAUGUGUAAGGGAAGGGCCAAAUGAUGUUCUUCACGUCUAUGCAACGAAUGAUGAAGUAAAUGCCUAUAACUUGACAAUGCUCAGAAGAACCUGUGAAGACAUUGUUGAGAUUGAUGCGCAAGACUUUACCAAAGAUAGAGCAUCAGGCAAGCUAGUCUUAAGAAGCAAGCCUUUGACAAGGUCGAGAACAGACAAUCUUUCUAGUAGUUUGUUAAUGGGAGUUGGUGCAAGAGUCAUGCUUACAAGAAACUGUAAUGUAGAAGACGGACUAGUAAAUGGAGUUAUGGGGCAUAUAACACAUUUCUUACAUGGUCAAAUACACGGCGUUAACACUGUUGUUGCAGUAGGAGUAAUAUUUGACAACAUCAAUGUUGGGAUGAAGUCCGGAAAUAAAACAAAAAAUGGAAACAUUGUUCUGAUUGAAAGAGUUCAAGAGGAGAUACUAGAACAGAAAACAAAAAAUGUUGUUCGACAUCAGUUUCCAUUACGAUUGUCUUGGGCUUGCACAGCUCACAAAGUACAAGGCAUGACAGUUGACAAGGUUGUCGUAAAUUUAGAUCGGACGUUUUCUCCUGGACAAGGAUACGUUGCGUUGAGCAGAGUUACAUCAAAACAAGGAUUAUUUAUCGAAACAAAUGACAUUGAGUCGUUAAAGAAAAAGAUAUACGCUGACCCAGAAGUCAAAUCAGCCUUGCAAGAAAUGCCAAAAUUGAUACUACCAAACUUUGAUGCAUCAGAACAAGGUAUUACAAUGUAUCUACAUAACAUUCAGAGUCUCAAUAAACAUUUUGAAGAUCUGAGAAAGGACAUUCGCUGUAGGAAUGCAGACAUCAUUUGCUUGACAGAGACUUGGUUAAGAUCUGGACAAAAUGUUAGUUCAUUUAAAAUAAACGAUUACCAUUUUCACCAAGCAACAAGAGGAGAUGUAUAUGAUGAGAGCAGUGCUCAAAUGUCAAAGCUGCGUGCAUCAAAUGGUGGAGGUGUUGCAGUUUACAUCAAAGAAACUGGACAUGAAAAAAAUGUUUCCUCACUUCCUGUAAAGAAUAUUGAGGGCAUCUGCGUGAAGUGUGUUUCACAAGAUAUAGCUGUUGUAACUGUCUAUCGGCCAAAUUCUUUAAAUGUUUCCCAGUUCUUAUUACAAUUCGAAAAGGUGAUGUCAUACUACAAAUCACAAAGUAAGUUCUGUGUUUGUCUGGGAGACUUCAAUGAAGAUGCAAGAUCUGCAGGAUCUAUUCAAACUUUUAUGACCAAUCAAGGCUUCAAACAAAUAGUUAAUUUUAAUACAACAGAAGGAGCAACAAUACUUGAUCAUGUGUAUUUAUCAACAUCCUUACAAGCAGAAGUGAAAAAAAUAUCAACGUACUACAGUUACCACGAUGCCUUGAUGGUAACCAUCAUAUCCGACACAGAAAAAUAUUAA